UCACUACGUGUUGGCUAGCCUGAUAUUGAGAUUAUCAUUUUACGUUACGAUAUACUUUCGGAGAACCACCAUUUUCUUUCUGCAAGAAUUGCGUUGAGGAAAUCUCGGGUUCAUUCGUGGUAACUGAAACACUUCUGAGAUGUCUGAAUCAGGUCCACCAUCUCGACCUAUGAAAUAUCCAUACACAUUUUCUGCAAAAAUUGCACAGUUUCCACUGAAACAUUACUUCCAGAACCAGUGGAUUUGGAGAUACUAUUUCAUUGCUUUGGCAGUGUGUACUCCAAUCUUUUACUCCAUUAGUAGAUUAGCUAAUUCACCAGAAAAUAAGGCAAAAUGGGCAGAAAUUAAGCGAAAAGAGAGAGAAGAACACCACAACUAACUAGAAACUUCAGUAAUAAUUCUUGGAGAAUGCUGAAUUUCCAAAUAUUGUAGAAUUGGUAAUUUGUAUGUAAUUAAGGCAAAUAAAAUGUGAUUUAUGAAAUGGAA